GUGGCGGUCAAAUUCGAUAUACCAAAAUGAAAAUUGAAAAACUCCCUUUUCCCGUAACUUUCAAAAUCUAACAGAAGAAACUAAUAAAUCAAAAAACCACAGGGAGAGAGAGCGCUACGGUUUUUGCCUUCUGAAUUAGUAAUGCACGUAAUUCUAGGGUUUUAACUCGCGGAAACGAACUCCAAACUCUCCCGAGUCAACUCAGACAACUUGAUAACUGUAGUUUGGCUAUGUACAGUGGAUCCAGCGAUGGCGAGAGCCACGAGGCCGCGCAGAGGAAGAUCCCGCCGGCUACGUCAAUGCUUUGGGUCCGUAAUCUCCGGCGGUUCAUCGGAUCCGGUGCCGGGCUCGGAUCUGAAGCCCUCAUGGAGCUCGAGACGAAGAGAAUAUUGCUAGAUAUUUUCAAAGAGAAGCAGCAAAAGAGUGCUGAAGGUGGUACGAUACCAAGUUUCUACAAGAAGAAACCUGAAGAAGGAUCAAUUAGUCAUAGGGUUCAAAGGCUGGCAAAAUAUCGUUUUUUGAAGAAACAAUCAGAUCUUUUACUAAAUGCUGAUGAUCUGGAUGCAAUGUGGGUUUGCUUAAGAGAAAAUUGUGUGAUUGAUGAUGCCACUGGUGCAGAAAAGAUGAAUUAUGAAGAUUUUUGUCACAUAGCCUCAGUAUGUACAGAGCAAAUAGGCCCCAAAUGUCGGCGCUUUUUCAGCCCAUCUAAUUUCAUGAAGUUUGAAAAGGAUGAAUCUGGAAGAAUUGCCAUUUUGCCCUUUUACCUGUAUGUGAUGCGCACUGUUUCACUUACACAGGCCAGAAUUGAUAUGAGUGAGCUUGACGAGGACUCUGAUGGAUUUCUUCAGCCUCAUGAAAUGGAGGCUUAUAUACGAGGUCUUAUCCCUAAUUUAGCGCAACUACGGGAUAUGCCUGUUGCAUUCAUUCAAAUGUAUUGUCGCAUAGCUGCUCACAAAUUCUUUUUCUUCUGUGAUCCUCAUAGGCGAGGGAAAUCCUGCAUAAAGAAGGUGCUUCUUAGCAACUGUCUCCAGGAAUUGAUGGAACUGCACCAGGAAAGUGAGGAGGAAGUCACUGAAACUGAACAAGCAGAAAAUUGGUUUUCUUUGAUGUCUGCACAACGAAUAUGUGAUAUGUUCCUUGCCCUUGAUAAAGAUAUGAAUGGAACACUGAGCAAGCAAGAACUUCAAGAAUAUGCUGAUGGUACGCUGACAGAAAUCUUUAUUGAAAGAGUGUUUGAUGAGCAUGUCCGCCGUGGAAAAAUUGGUGGAGGGAAUACUCGGGAAAUGGACUUUGAAAGUUUUCUCGACUUUGUUUUGGCAUUAGAAAAUAAAGACACCCCUGAAGGGUUAACAUAUUUAUUUCGUUGUCUUGAUCUCCAAGGACGGGGAUUUCUUACCACUGCUGAUAUUCACUCACUUUUCAGAGAUGUACACCAGAAAUGGAUUGAAGGCGGUAACUAUGAAUUGUGUAUUGAGGAUGUGAGGGAUGAAAUAUGGGAUAUGGUCAAGCCAGCUGACCCACUGAGUAUUACACUGGCUGAUCUGCUAGCUUGCAAACAAGGUGGGACUGUAGCCAGCAUGCUUAUAGACGUGCGUGGUUUUUGGGCCCAUGAUAAUAGAGAGAAUCUUCUCCAGGAAGAGGAAGAACCAGAAGAGGAAUGACAUCUGCUAUCUAGAAGCCAGCCAUUCAUGCACUAACACAAAUCUGUUUCUUUCCUUGGGAUUCACAGAUUUUUUUUUUUGUGCGCGCUCUGUUAGGUAAACUAUAUGAGCGAAUUUCAUGUAAAAAGAUGCAACAGCUGUGCAUUCAGAUAGUGUAAAGCAAGCAUGUACAACAGUUAUGCAUUCUGAUAGUGAAAAGCAAGGCACUGGAAUUAUUGUUCAUUUGCCCGGUCUGAUUUCGUGAUUCAGAAUUCAGAAAGAGUUGUUAGAUGUGUUUCCAAGCCUAUCUCGUUGAACUGUCAAGUUUCUGAGAAUAAAUCCUUAGGCAAAAAUUCUGAGCUUCAA